AACAGCCCUUUAUAGCUCCAAGAGAGGUGGAGACAUAAGAAGAGGGAAGAAGACAGGAGGGAAGGGUGAAAAAACAGCUCCCAAGCCAGUGAGAGAGGAGAGGGGGAGAGAGAGAGAGUGAGUGUGUGUGUCAGCUUUUUUUUUCUCCUUUUGACUGAUUCCACUGCUCCUGUUGCUCUUCAUCUUUCUCUGAUGGGUGGGAUUACAAGCGGAAAACCCAAAUAGAGAUGAUAGAAUGACAACCCUCUCUGCUGUUUAUCGCGUGGAAGGCAGUGGUGGAAUGGAUGGUCCUCCUAGAUUGAUUGGAUCAGUGGGAUAAACAUGCCAUGUUGAUGUAAGCCAGCAAACAGGUGUCCAGGAUGAGCUGGAUCGGAACCUGCUGACUCCCCUGCGGAGGAGCGUGGGUCUCUGCCUGGCAGACUGCCCCCGCCGGCCGACCGACCCCUGACGCAGCGUCCCAGCCGCCCACCUCAACCCUCCGUCUCCACCCUACCUCCACCCCACCCAGGCCAACAUGCUGAUUAAGGAGUACCGGAUCCCCAUGCCGCUGAGCGUGGAGGAGUACCGCAUCGCCCAGCUCUACAUGAUCCAGAAGAAGAGUCGAGAAGAGACCUGUGGCGAGGGCAGCGGGGUGGAGAUCCUAGAGAACCGGCCGUAUGCGGAUGGUCCCGGCGGUGAGGGCCAGUACACGCACAAGGUGUACCACAUCGGCCAGCACAUCCCAGGCUGGUUCCGCUCCAUACUGCCCAAGGCAGCGCUGCGUGUCGAGGAGGAGUCCUGGAACGCCUACCCAUACACACGCACACGCUAUACGUGCCCAUUUGUGGAGAAGUUCUCCAUUGACAUUGAGACGCACUACAAGCCGGACACUGGGACCAAAGAGGAUGUCUUUAACCUGUCCUCGUCAGAGACCGAGAGAACCGUAGAUCCCAUAGACAUAGUGAAAGACUUUAUCGCCCCUCAUGAGUACUUGGCGGAGGAGGAUCCUCGCCUUUACACGUCGGAGAAGACGCUUCGGGGGCCACUGACGGACGACUGGAUCCAGCAGAUUGAGGACUACCCGGGCAAGAGUCCCGUCAUGUGCGCCUACAAGCUGUGCAAGGUGGAGUUCCGCUACUGGGGCAUGCAGUCCAAGAUCGAGCGCUUCAUCCACGAUGUGGGUCUGCGUAAGGUGAUGGUGCGCGCCCACAGGCAGGCGUGGUGCUGGCAGGACGAGUGGUACGGCCUGACCAUCGAGGACAUCCGGCAGCUGGAGCUGGAGACCCAGCUGGCACUCGCCGCCAAGAUGGCGCAGUACAGCUGCAAUGAGGAGGGGGGCGCCGGAGAGGCCAAGGGCGCGGCUCCCACCCCCGACCAGCAGCCCGAGGACAAGCAGCCAAUCAGCACGACCGAGGCCGAGGAGUCAGGGCGUGGCUCGGUGGACACUCUGCAGGCCAAAGGGGAGCUGACCAAGCAGUGGUCCACCUCCUCGCGCUCCUCACGCUCCUCAAAGAGGGGGGCAGGAAGUCCGUCUCGCCACAGCCUAUCAGAAUGGCGCAUGCAGAGCAUAGCUCGAGACUCCGACGACAGCACAGACGAUGAGUUCUUUGAUGCCCCUGAGGGCUUCUCUGACAAUGAGGAGAUGUUCACCAAGGAGAUCACCAAGUGGAGCUCCAACGACAUGAUGGAUAAGAUUGAGACAACAGAUGCUGAUGAAUCGCAAGGUGAAUUGUAUCCAGAACCUGGGGGUGAUUUUGUUGAACCACCUAGUAUGGAAAGGAUCACUGAGGACGGCUCCUCUCAGCAGUGCUUGCAGCCCUCCAAGAUCCAUGUGCUCGUUCUGGUCCUCCACGGCGGGAACAUCCUGGACACUGGGGCCGGCGACCACACCAGUAAGCAGGGUGAUCUGAACACGCUCAACACGGCGUUUGAGACGGUCAUGCGCGUGCACUACCCGGCUGCAUUGGGUCGUAUCGCCCUGCGCCUCGUGCCCUGCCCACCCGUCUGCGCUGAGGCCUUCUCUCUCGUCUCCCACCUGAGUCCGUACAGCUAUGACGAGGGCUGCUUGUCCAACAGCCAGGACCACAUCCCCCUCGCCGCACUGCCUCUACUGGCCACCUCCGCCCCCCAGUACCAGGAGGCAGUUGCCACGGUGAUCACACGGGCCAACCAGGUGUACAGCGACUUUGUCAGGUCUGCCGAAGGAGCCUCCUUUUCUGGCCAGGUGUGUCUGAUUGGAGACUGCGUGGGGGGUAUCCUGGCGUUUGAUGCUCUGUGUAGCAGCAACGUGAGUGUGUGUGAGAGCCAGAGCAGCAGUAGACGGACCAGCAUCGUCAGUGUGCAGGACCAUGACCUGCUGUCUCCGGCUCUCCUGGUGAAUUCUGGGCCGUGUGGUUCCACUCUGGAGGGCAGUCGGCAUCUGAGCCGCAGCAACAUCGACAUCCCACGCUGCACUGGGGCUGAAGAACCACGGAAACAGUUGCCGCGGAAACGCAGCGACUCUUCCACCUAUGAGCUGGACACCAUCAAACAACACCAGGCCUUUCUGUCAAGUCUCCACUCCAGCGUGCUGCGUAACGACCCCGGCUCCCGUCGCUCAAGCAGCAGCACCAUGCUGGAGGGGGGCGCUCUGGGCAAGUUUGACUUUGAGGUGACGGACUUCUUCCUGUUCGGCUCCCCACUGGGCCUGGUUCUGGCCCUCAGGAAGACCGUGGUCCCAACGCUGGACGUGGGCCAUCUGCGGCCGGCCUGCCAGCAGGUGUACAACCUCUUCCACCCGGCCGACCCGUCGGCCUCGCGCCUGGAGCCCCUGCUGGAGAAGCGCUUCCACGUGCUGCCGCCCUUCAGCGUGCCACGCUACCAGCGCUUCCCUCUGGGGGACGGACUCUCCGCCCUGCUGGUGGAGACGGUCCAGAGCAGCCCGCAGCUGUUUUUGGACGGGGUGUGUGGUGCACCCCUGCGCUGCUCCGAAGCGGUCAGCGAGACCUCCAUCCCUGUGCCCGUGCUCAACUGGCACGCCCCGCCAGGCCCCGCUGAGUCAGACAUCGUUCACACGCACGGCGGGAUGUUCCUGGAGAGCUCCCACCCCCCGUCCCCAGUGGUGCUCUGUGCCACCCGUCCCCCGCGCCGGCCGAGCGAGGUCAGCAUCUGCAGUCAGGCUUCGGGACACGCCGACAACUACAGUGCCACCAACAUGGCCAAUAUUGCAGGCCGGUGGUGGGGCACUAAGCGGGUAGACUUUGCCCUCUACUGCCCAGACGCGCUGACAGCAUUCCCCACAGUAGCCCUGCCACACCUUUUUCACGCCUCCUACUGGGAGUCCACAGAUGUGGUGUCCUUCCUGCUCAGACAGGUGAUGAGACAUGAGAGCUCCAGCAUUCUAGAGCUGGAUGGGAAAGAGGUGACCGAGUUCACCCCCUCCAAACCACGCGAGAAGUGGCUGAGGAAGAGGACCCAUGUCAAAAUUAGAAAUGUGACGGCUAACCACCGUGUGAAUGAUGCUGUAUUCACGGAAGACGGCCCUCAGGUGGUCACCGGACGCUUCAUGUAUGGCCCACUCGACAUGGUCACUCUCACUGGAGAGAAGGUGGACAUCCACAUUAUGAUGCAGCCUCCAUCAGGGGAUUGGGUGUACUUUGACAUGGAGCUGACCAAUAGCAGCGGCCGCAUCUCCUACAACAUUCCUGAGAGCAAGCGCCUCGGUAUCGGGGUUUACCCAGUCAAGAUGGUGGUCAGAGGAGACCACACGUCUGCGGACAGCUACCUGACCGUGCUGCCCAGAGGCACUGAGUUUGUGGUGUUCAGUAUCGACGGCUCCUUCGCCGCCAGCGUGUCCAUCAUGGGGAGUGACCCCAAGGUCCGUGCCGGGGCGGUGGACGUCGUCAGGCACUGGCAGGACCUGGGCUACAUGAUCGUGUAUGUGACCGGGCGGCCGGACAUGCAGAAGCAGCGCGUGGUGGCCUGGCUCUCGCAGCACAACUUCCCCCACGGCAUCGUGUCCUUCUGCGACGGCCUCGUGCACGACCCGCUGCGCCACAAAGGCAACUUCCUCAAAUCUCUUAUCUGUGAGGCUCACAUGAAGAUCUUUGCUGCAUACGGCUCCACUAAGGAUGUUUCUGUGUACGCCUCUAUUGGCCUGCCACCCUCAAACAUCUACAUAGUCGGACGACCCACCAAGAAGAUGCAGCACCAGUGCCAGUUCAUCUCAGAGGGCUACGCCACUCACCUGUCCCAGCUGGAGUACAGUCAGCGCUCACGGCCAGCCAAGACCAACAGCGCGCGCAUGGUCCUGCGCAAGAGCAGCUUCGGCCUGGGCGGCAGCGGCGACUUCCUGCGUAAGCGCAACCACCUGCUGCGCACCAUCAGCUCGCAGCCAGGCGCAGCGGGGGCCCAGGGCCAGCAGGGGGCGCCACCGCUGCCCGUCGGCCGGGCCAGUGGCGCCACAGCCAAUCGGACGGGCGGGGGCUUGAACGGCGGACAGCGCAGCAUGAGCGUGGCGGCCGGGUGCUGGGGCCGCACGGGUAGCACCAGGCUGGACAGCGCCCUGCUCAGCCCUAAGUAGGAGAUUUGAAAAGGAAGAAAAAAAAACUCCCAGAAUGCCUCAGGUGUGGCCAACGGACAGACUUGGACAGGAAAGGAGUCGCCACUGCCCCCUGGGGGUGGGAGUAGGGAGGAGUGGAGCUGCUGCAAGAAAAGCGGACUGCAAGGGUGUGUGUGAGGGAGCGUGUGGUGUUAAUUAUGUGUGUGUGUGUGUGUGUGUGUGUGUUUGUGUGUGUGGGUGUGUGUGUGUGUGUGUGUGUGUGUGGGGAGAGAAGAGUGAGUGAAAGAGACGUGCAGUUCCUCUCUCACGCCUUAAGCUUCGGCCUCUAGCGACAACGCUGGCCAGUCCGGGCACAAAACGUGAAUGUAAAGUCACACACCAGAACUAGCCACUGCUCCUCCUACCUGUCCUCCCCAGUUUGGGUGGGACUAGGGGUCCCAACAGCCAAUAGUGUCUCCACACUCCGUCAGCUUCUCCCACCUUCUCAGGGCAGCCUUAGAGGACACGCCCCAUUUACCCAGAAGCCUCCAGCGUCACUGUCCCCUGCUUCACCAGGCAAUAAGAGCCCUGCUCACUCUGGUCUAGAUCUCCCCUCACUCUGGUCAACAGACCCUUCCACACUCCGGUCAACAGACCCUUCCACACUACAGUCAACAGCUCCCUCUCCUGACCAGAUCUCCCUAUUGCACCUCUGAGCAGAACCCUUCAUUCUGUAGAGCCCCUCCUGCUCUACUGAAGGGAUCCUGCUAUUGAAGAAGGGAUCCCUUCAUAUUCUCCUAAAUACACCCCCUUCUCUCUCUCUCUCUCUCUCUCUUUCUCUUUCUCUCUCUCUCUUAAGGGGAGAUCCCAAGGCUUCUUAGCUGGACAGAUUAAAUAAUGAUCGCUCAAAAGACCUGAGUCACUCAGACCACUGCUGAUAAUUCUUCUCAAAGAUCUCUGAUUGUUCAGUAGAUUUCUUCUCUAAUAAACAGAUUCCUAUUAAGUUUGGCCUGCCGAGGGCUCCAGAGGCCUUAACUCUUAUUAAACACAGCGAACUUAGCAGGGACAGAUCCUUUGUGUGGACCAUAGGAAUUUUGAACUCCUGUGGACCGUCGUUCACUCUUGUAUAUGGCACGAUCCCUUUACCAGGUCCUCUGCUUCUCGCAAUAGCUCUGAACGCGCUCUCUUUCCCUCUCUCCUCCUCCUCGUAAUGCCCCCAUUAUCCUGGGUGCUGCUGCUGCUCACACACACACACACACACACACACACACACACACACACACACACACACACACACACACUGGCAUGUCUCCAGUGCUCUGCUGUACCACCAUGUCAGCUGUCCAGCUGCCUACCUGCAAGCUGAGGGAGGGUGCACAGGUGGUGGCCUAGUGGUCACUCCAGGCCAGGCACCAUUGACCACUCCAGUUGCCAUCCCACCCUCGCCCCCCUCCCUCCUUGGCGGCCCGACAGUCAGUCUUGCCCUGGCCUGAGGCAAAUGAGUUCAUUGGCACACAUGCAUACACAGGCUCACUCACCUGCACACAGUCUGCAGUGUUAUUGUCAGUAACUCAAUUAUGAGGCGUCUGUGUGUGUGUGUGUGUGUGUGUGUGCUUGCCUUGUGUAUGCAAAACAAAAGCUGUCCUUUAGUACACAUCAACUGUUUCAGGUUGUAGCCUAUCCAAAUUGUUCUCGAGGAGAUUCUAAAUUGAUUUCUUAUUUUAUUUUAAGUUUUUAUUUAAGUUUUGACCCCAAGUUUUGCACCAUUUAAUCCACCAUGAUGUUAGUAUCACUCCCAUGAUGGUAAAUUAGGUAAACACAUACAGUACACAGAAUCAUGCAGAUGACUAGGUGAAGAAGCCAUUGAUAUUCAGAACCACAUGUAAACAUAUUGACACUGCUGUACGACUGCUGUAUGUGAACACACUGACUCACAUUGACCCUAUGGAUUCUAUAUGAUGUAAUAAAGCGGCAUCAGUCUGAUGGGGUUCUUGGAAACCCCGUCAUGAUCAGAACCUCUUUGAUGCGGGACAACUGCUGGGGCAUCUGAUGGGGCUGUGUGGAGCAAAGGGAGGAAAUGAUGUUAUCCUACAGCUGGGUGUACAUACAACUGAUAAAUAAUAUAAAUGUUGUGCAGGAGGGACUCCGCAGUGGAGACGUUAUUUAUUUGUUUUAUUUUACUUGCAUAUAUAUGUGGAUUCAUCAAGGUAUGGAUCUUUUAGGUUUACUGUAUUUCAGUUGUGUAGCUCCUCUGUCUUUUAGGACAGGAAAUCGGCACCAGACUUUUGCCAUUACACCUCAUUGCAGGUCACACACACACACAUACAAACAAACACAUAUAUGUACAGUACAUAGCAGACCAAACCAAAACACAGUAAAACCCAUCAGGAUAGAUACAGACAUAGACACCUGCACAGACACAUAUACACACACACACACACACACCCCAUCACACCAUGUAUCAUCAUCUCAGAAGGACAUGAAAAACAGCCCUGACAAUCACACACAGUCACAUUCACGCACCUCUUACUGUUUAUUAAUAACUCACCAACACGGAUUUCUGACAGACGGAAAAAGGACCCGAUCAAGAGAUGUCCUAAGAAUGACCAUGCCAGACUGUAAAAUGGUGGCCAGUACUUUUGGCCUGUGACCAAAAGUGAUUUCAUGAUUUUUCUACAAUUGUCUACUGGGACAAUAUUGGGAGCCAUUGUUCUGAGAGGCCAUUUGCAUGUAUACAAAGCAACAUGUAGCACAUGAAGGGUAUUCAUUUUUUAUGACCAUUUCUCAUUUUUAAUCAUUAUGUGCUCUUUGUGACCCAACCCCACAAGCAUCGUCUGUGUAAUGACUCACCACUACUGGUCCAGCCACAAGACACACCAUAAACUGACCAGUUUUAUUACAAGAAACCAGGAUCAACCCAAAGGCACCUCUUGGAAUACCAUGGACUAUCAUAAGGCUUUGUUGGUUUGAACACUUUGUUGUUAACGAUGUUACAACUGAUGUGUGCUGGACUCUAGAAUUCCAAACGGGCCGGUCAGGACAGGCUGCUCUGCUUUCCCAUCAUGCAACACUCCUGCACACAGUGACCAUUCCACACAUCAAGAGAGCACAAGCAUGGCAUCAUCAAACUCCUCCCCUUUUACUGCCACUUUACACACACACACACACACACACUUAUUGCUGUUGAACAAUGCACUCUUACUGAACACAUCCACAGUCACAGGACAUGCUGGCUGCAAAUACACACUAGAAGACACACAUUGCCGCUGCCAACACACACUCACACUGCUGCCGCUAUACCUGCAAACACGAGGACAAACUUUUUGGGGUUUUAUACCACAACACACACACACAGAAAGGAAAAAAAAAACUUUUCUCAAACUGGACUGUUUUUGUAAAUGCCUGCAGGUUGAACACCACACCACCUGGCCUCUCAGGCGGGUUGUCUUUCUCACAGGCCUGAAAGGGUUAAAAAGCUGCUUGUGGUCGGCUGUGAUGUAGCAUCAUGUUUAUAAACUCAACUCACUCGGUUCACCAUAACCAUGGGGGGUGGGGGUGUUCCAGGUACGUGGCUUAGCGAAACAACUUGGGUAUGUUUACUUGAAGUAAGUGGAUGAAUUCAGUCUGCAAAACAAAGCCAUGGGACCCUUCUGCUGGGACGUCUUACUCCGAGUUCAUUUAUCCAAGUUCUUCACUAAAUCACGUUCUCGGGAAAACCCUCAAAUGGUUCUAGCCCCCCCUUCCGGGCCUGGUCUGGCUUAGAUUCCUGGGCCAAUUUCACUCUGCAGUCAGGUCUAAGGAGGAGGGGAUCCCAAAACAACCCCCUUCUAAGUGUGUGUGUCAAAAGUAUACCUGUGAUCAUAUCGUAAUCAAAAAUGUAUCUGUUAAUCCUACUCUGCAUUCGUACUCAUGCAUUUGUAACUGUAAGUGCAUUGCAUGCGCCAUCUGAGGAGUGUAGUGAGUGAGGCCAAAUGUGUAUGUGUUAUGGCUUUCAGUUAACAGUAAUAAGACAGACAAACAUACACAAUCUAAAAAUGACCAUAUUUUGUUAUACAUUCAAAAGUAUACGGCAUGUAUGGGGAAAAAAUGUCAACUAUGUAGAAAGACAUUUCAGAUGUUUUGCACCAGAUAUAGAUUAUUCUACAUAAAUUAAAAUACAAUAGCAUUGUAAAAUGUAUGAAUGUACACUUGAAGAUAUGGAGGUGGUGAUAAUUUAGCUAUAUUUUCAGUAUGUACAUCUGACAUAUUUAUGUUUUAUGGCGGGGUGGGGGUAAGCGAUCUGAAAUCAACCUGUAUUUAACACAUCUGUACAUUUUUCAGUGUUACUUCUGGUUUGGCUGCAGAACCAGGUAACUCUGGCUCUGUUUUUAGUGUCGGGGACGCGACUCAUCAGAUCGACAACCAAGAACGACAGACUGGUGUGAACAAAGUGAAAACAAACGACACUCACACAGUAUACUGUAUUGCCAUACUUGGGUGGGGGUACAUCAGCUGAUUUUAGCGAGUAAGUAAGCAACGACCAGUAGGGAUCCUAUUCAAUCUUGAGUUCACAGAGUGUAUUUAACUGUUUAGAUCUGUGCUUUUUGCCCCUUUGCUCCACCUCUCCCCUGGCUGUUGUUAAGUACCCUGCUCCAUCAGCAGGUCUUUCUGUCAGACCUGCUCAGUUAUGUACUGUGGAUUAAAACAGUUGAACAGCAACUAA